AUGGAGACCGAAAAGAGGCCCUAUCACUUGGUGGUCUUUGGAGCCUCCGGCUUCACUGGCCAGUUCGUGGCCGAGGAGGUGGCCCGGCAGCAGAUGAGCCCGGUGUUCCAAGGUUCCCCACUGCCCUGGGCUGUGGCUGGCCGGAAUCGGGAGAAGCUGAUGCAGGUGUUGAAGAAGGCAGCGGAGAAAUUGGGAAGACCAACACUCCCAGCUGAAGUUGAUAUAAUAAUCUGUGAUAUCCUUAAUCCAGCAUCUCUUGAAGAAAUGGCUAAACAAGCAGCUAUUGUUCUCAAUUGUGUAGGACCAUAUCGAUUUUAUGGAGAACCUGUGGUCAGAGCAUGUGUCGAAAAUGGAGCUAGCUGUAUUGAUAUUUGUGGGGAACCACAGUUUCUGGAAGAAAUGUAUUGGAAGUAUCAUGAAAAAGCUGCAGAGAAAGGGCUUUAUAUCAUUGGAAGCAGUGGUUUUGAUUCCAUUCCAGCUGAUCUUGGUGUAUUAUUUACCAGAAAUAAACUAAAAGGUACUCUGACUGCUGUUGAAAGUUUCCUGAAAGUAAAUUCAGGACCUGAGGGAAUGUGUAUUCAUGAUGGCACUUGGAAGUCAGCUAUUCAUGGUUUUGGUGACCAGAAGCGCUUAAGAAGCCUACGAAAACAGUCAAAUAUGAAACCUCUUCCAGUUGUUGGUGCAAAAUUGAAAAGAAGAUGGCCUGUUUCUUACUGUAGUGAACUGCAUGAAUAUUCUAUUCCAUUCAUGGGAGCUGAUGCCUCCGUUGUGAAACGGACACAACGGUUCUUGUAUGAAAACUUGCAGGAAACACCAGUGCAGUAUGCUGCCUAUGUAACUGUGGGAGGCCUUACUUCUAUUAUCAAGCUGAUGUUUGCAGGACUUUUCUUUUUAUUCUUUGUGAAAUUUAAUUUCGGAAGACAGCUUUUGGCAAAAUUUCCAUGGUUUUUCUCCUUUGGGUAUUUCUCAGAACAAGGACCAACACAAAAACAGAUGGAUGAGUCUUCAUUUACAUUUACAUUUUUUGGUCAAGGAUAUAGCCAGGACCAUACUACAAAACAUGGCAAACCUAAUGUUAAAAUUUGCACCCAAGUGAAAGGACCAGAGCCUGGCUAUGUGGCUACACCCAUAGCAAUGGUUCAAGCAGCCGUGACUCUUUUAAAAGAUACUUCUGAUCUUCCUAAAGGAGGUGGCGUCUUUACCCCGGGAGCAGCUUUCUCCAAAACCAAGUUGAUUGAAAGACUCAACGAAUGUGGCAUUGAAUUUAGUGUCAUUAGCAGCUCUGAAGUCUAAAAAUUAUAUUUACAAAAGUG